GUCUCCCAGCCUCUGUGUGUCUCUGUCGUUUCCACACACCGCAGGAUACAAGCAGGAAGUAGAAAAAAAGAAGACAAGACCUGAUGGAAAUAAGGAAGUAAAUGAUGUCGAACUGGACAUGGAGCUCCUGUUUUUCUCCAAAGUGAAAGUAGAUUAGCCGACAGCUCAGAAACAGCAUUAUAAACAGCAACAGCUGCGCUAAGGAAAUUAGCUAGCUAGCUAAUUAUUUUACAGAGUCCACAUCAUCUUCAGAAGCCAUACGCAGAAAAACAGUGGGAGAGGAAGACAGACGACCACUAUGGAUCACAAAGUGGAACCUCUGGAAGGAGCCAUUGGACUGAAGCAAGAGGAGCUGCCACAAAUGGAUGGUUCAUGUGAUGCAUGUGAGCCUGAUGAGGCCCAGCCAGCAACACAAGUGUGUCACAUCUGCAGCUUUGCCUUCUGCCCCAUCCAUGCUAGCAAGCACACCAGCAGCACACGUCAUACGCUAAUGCCUUAUGACCACGAAGAGGCUGAUGGUCUGAAUACAGUCAAAGACAAAGCUGAUGAUGAGGCUGGAGGAAAUAGGGCAAAUCAGGGGAUGGCACCACUUGAUGUGGGAGUAGCUAACGGUGGUGAGAAUGGGCAUGCUGAGGAAAGAGAAGGAGCCCAGAACUGUUCACCUCAGGAGGCUGAAGGUGCAGAAGCUGGACCUGAGGCCAUGGCUGCCGGAGAGGCUGCAAAAAGAGACACUGUGACAGUAGAGCGGCUGCGUUGCAAGGAGCAUGGACAGGAGGGCUCCCUCUACUGUAAACCAGAUGAGAAGAUAAUCUGUGUAGUGUGUGCUGUGCAGGGUGAGCACAGGGAGCAUGAGAUCAUUACUCUCCAUGAAGCCUAUGUGUGGCAGAAGAGCAGGCAGGGCUAUGACCUGCUGGGCUAUACACAGCAGAUGGCAGAAAGGAUCAAGACCAAGUGGACGAACCCUGAGAUGUCUACGGAGGAAUUGGAAGAAUACGUGAACAGUCAGUUUGAUGAGCUUCGCAAAUUGGUGCGUCUGGAGGAGAGGAGGACCCUUCACCUCGUAGACCUCAAGGAAGCGUUUCUCACAGCGUCUGCUGCGGAGAAAAUAGCUGAGAUCACCGUGGAGACCGAAAAGCUGCAGGAAGAGAUGGACAACAUCACACACCAGCUGUGCCUAUUGGAACAGGCUGAGGCACAGGCAGUAAGUCCUGCUGUAGCAGCACAGGUCCUUGCAGCAGUGCCCGGACCAGUCCACAGAGCCCUGCACAACAUUGACGCCAGGCCAAGGCUGCCAGAGCCCAGGGCACACCCCAUGGACCCCCAGGACUUUGAAGACAACGACUCUGGACCAUCCAUGGACCACGCCCCCUGAUACGAGCAAACCAGAUUCCUUGUACAUCCACCUGUCCUUCACGAUCUGCUUCUGGCAGCCGUCAGCACUGUUGAGCUGUCAGGCCGGCCCCCUUUCUGUCAGUCAUCUCCCUCUCUUCCUCCCCCACCCCCCCUUCUCUGUCAAUGAACUGACCUUGAAGAAGGCUGCUGUGACAAAUAUGGAUGGCCAUGUCUUUUCUACUCUCAAACUUUUUUAAUUCCUCACUUGCUGCUAACUUUCUAUAAUUGAAGCAUGCAAGUUAUGUGCAAUCAAUUACCAUCAGGCUCCAUUUCCACAGCCAGUCAGAUCCUUGGCUACUGGUGAGCCUGGCUGAUUCGAAGAGGAGCCUGGGUCGGCACAGCCCAGCACAGCAUCUGUUAAACCCCACAGAUGUAAAGACAAGGAAAGUCACGACUUGGUGCUUUUCACUCUUCAUUUAAUGGCAGUAUGAUUUUGGUUCUGCUCUUUGGACUCUCUGGACAGUCUGAGAUGUAGAAAGGGAAGAUUUUCUCAGAUGCCACAAUGCCUUACACCGUCAGGAGAAUACAUAAAGAUAUUCUGAGGUUUUCAUUUGUCUUGUUAAAAAAAAAAAAAAAAAAGCGAGUGUCUUUUGUACUCAUCACCUCUUUUUUCCUCACCCUCAGCCAUACCUGCUGAUUUACAGUUUUUAUUUGUUUUUAUUUCUUAAUGUGCUUUUCACAUCUGUUAUCAGAAUCAGGGGACAUUUUGAUAUUUACUGAUUGUGAUAGUUGCUAAUUUUUUUUUCACUAUUAGAUAAAAAUCAAAGUGUAAUUUGAUUGUGCAAAACAGCACUUGUACAUUUAUCAACUCUCUUUGUAUAGUCAGGUAAAGGCUCAUUACUCCCAGCCAAUCUGCAGCAUAUGACGGAUUGUAGUCUAGAAUAAUGUGUGCACUUUCUACUUUGACCUGCUCAGACUCAGCUUUCACUUAUGAUGUACGGCUUCGAGUCCACAUAUCAGCAGUUUGUUUUAAUUGUGAUUGAUUCAAAUGCCUUAAAUCCAGAAUUAGGAGCAUGCCACUAGUAAAAUGUGGGACAACGUGACUUCACUGUAGCACUGCACUAAGAUACACUGAAGCUGUGUUCCUUCCCAAGGGAAUUGUUGGUGUGUCAACAGUGUAUUGAAAAAACAGCAAGAGCUUAUUCUGUAUUCUACCAUGACAACAGACAGGAGUCUGACUGUGUGAUGUUUCUUCUUGUUUUUCUUUGUCUAUUUUGGUCUUAAGUCUAAGAAUAAACAACCUGUUUCCUGUA